CAUGGCCAACUACUUUUCAAACCAUUCCGCCUCUCGUUUUCUUGCAAAUAGCGCACAGACCGCCUCAGCAACGGCAGCAGCCCCGACAGCUGCUCCCACAAAUCAGCAGACACCAGCUGCCACCGCGCCUCGACCUCGCGUCCCCUCAAAACACUUCUCUACCACUGUUGCCACUGGCACGCCAACAGACCCGGCGACGGCGUCCAUACCGACCUCUGCCACAACUGCCCAGGUGCAUCCACUAAGAAACAGUUGGAUAUUUUGGUUUCGACAACAGCGCUCUCCGGGCAACAAAAUCAUCAGCUAUGAAGAGGGAAUCAAGAAGAUAGCCGCCUUUAGCUCGGUGGAAUCGUUUUGGUCGCUCUGGACCCACCUCACCCCGCCCUCUUCUCUCCAACCCACGACAGACUAUCUUCUUUUCCAUUCAGGUAUUAGACGACCUGUAUGGGAAGAUCCUUUAAACCUUUCCGGCGGCAAAUGGAUUAUUCGGCUGAGAAAGGGCGUUGCGGACCGUUUAUGGGAAGACCUUGUCCUCGCAAUCGUUGGUGAUCAAUUCGACGACUGCCGCAACACCACAGACGGUAAACCUGGUUUAAGUGGUGCCCCAAAAUCGGAGGAUGGGACCGACAACGGGGCUGAGUGGCCAGAGAUCUGUGGUUGUACGAUUAGCGUGAGGCAGAGCGAGGAUAUCAUAACGCUGUGGAACAGAGUGGAUGGGAGCCUGAAAGUCCGCGAGCAGAUUCGUGAUACUUUACGGAAGGUCUUGAAUAUUCCGACCUCGGUUAUCAUGGAGUAUAAAUCCAACAACGAUUCCAUGCAGGACAGGUCUAGUUUCCGAAGGACAGCCAUUGACAAGAAGUCAAUCGCAACCAACCCAUG